GCGACAGCUUAUCCUCGAGCUGUUCCUGCUCGAGCUGCCCUGGGAUCGAACUGAUCCCGCUACGAGGGGACGCUCUUCCAGUCAUCGACUGAUCGUACCUUCGAGACUUGGACGAGUUCAGCAGAAAUUCCAAUCAUGUCGCCCCGUCGCUCCUCUCGCGCUCGCACCACCCAGCCGUCGCCUGCCCUUCUCCAGCACACCAACUCCUCAAGCUCGUCGAACUCUCUGAGUCGGGGUGAACGGAGUACGCGGUCGAAUAAUAAAGCCUCUCCACAGAGAAGGAAUUCGACUCAGCGUUCGCAGUCCACCGAUGACCCGGACACAUCCUCGAAGAACGAUUUCCCACAAACGCGCCAGCGCCAGCGCGCUCGAGAGGAGGAUGACAACGAGGAGGCUCUGAAGCUUUCCGGAGAAGAAGACGAGGAUGGCGAAGAAGAGGAGGUCACUAGAUGUCUCUGUGGACAGCAAGAAUAUCCUGGCCUGCCGCCUUCCCGCCGGGAGGCUCUCGGUCGCGCCGGGCUAAAUCCUGGCGUCAAGGAUGAGUCCGGAUUGAACUCGUCAGCAGAUACCUCAGAUCUUCUGAAUGAUGACAUAGGUAGCAUGUUCAUCCAGUGUGAUGCUUGCAAGGUCUGGCAGCAUGGUGGCUGUGUGGGAAUCAUGGAUGAGGCCAUGAGCCCUGACGAAUAUUUUUGUGAAGAGUGUCGGGCGGACCUCCACAGAAUCACCAAUGAGUCUAAUGGCAAUCGUUCCUCCCAGUACCUACCAGUUGCUCCAGUCUCCUCCCCACCGUCCUCACGAGCUUCUUCCAGAGACGACGCAGGACGUGCGAAAGAACCAAAGAAUCGGCAGAAUGACAAUGCUGCCACCAAGCGUCGUUCGACUAUGAACAGCCGCGAUGCGGCAUAUGAUGAAGAAGAGCAGCUACGCCGGGCCAUCGAAGAGAGCAAGGAAGAGACCAGGGCCGCUAAUGACGAGGUCGCAAGCCGCCGUGGAAAGAGGAGUCGUAGCGACAGUGAAGCUAUCAAGCAGGUCGUUAAAAGACAACGAACCGCGUCGCCAUCUCCGUCCGCCGUAUCGAAGCAAAGCAACCCGGCUUCUCAACCUCCUUCUGAUGAUGAAUCGAAAAAAGCCAGUACAAAUGGCGCAAAGAAGCGGAAGGGCUCGACAUCACGGAAUCAGCGGGAGAGGGAAACCAAGGAGCCCGAGGAGACAUCCGAAACCGGACCAGCCGAAUCUAACAAUCGUAGAAAAGGACGAUCGGAUCGUCGCAAGGGCGACGCGGAAUCUGACCAGGAAGCCGGUUCUCCAGCCAAGGCAGCGCCCCCUCCUCCUGCCCCAGAACCUCCCCAGCCCGCGCCCGUCACACCCGUGCUCAACCAAGAACCUAUCGCUCCUCGUCCUUCGACACGCAAGACUGGCCGGCCAGCUAGACGUGGGGGUCGCCUUGGGCGCAAUCAAUACACGCGAGAUCGUGACCUGAAUGGCUUCGAUAUGCAUCAUUCCCCACGUCGCGGUCAAUCGCACGAUACUGGCGGGGACUCUCCCCGAGAACAAGCAAAUGGUGUGCAUACCAAUGGAGGGGAGUCUGGAAGGCCCAGCAGGCCACGCUACAUGAACCCUCACCGCACUACAAUGAACGAAAUGAAGAGACGCGUUGCGGCGAUUCUGGAAUUCAUCUCGCGGAUGCAGGUCGAAAUGGCUGUCAGUGGGGAGAGCAUCACACCACCAGGAAACGGUGAUACGGCAAGCAGCCUCGCGAAUAGUAAAACGCUUGCGAAAAAUGUUGGCGCCCACUUGGAGACUCUCAUACAAGCGACGAAUGGCGAAGAUGAAGACGGCACACCAUCAGCCGCACCGACAGAGAGCGAAGGUGGCUCUGAUCAGCCUCCUAAGGAGAGAGACUUCAAAGACUUGAGCAGUGUCGAGAUGAUGGAUGUUCUCACCCGGCACCUGCUUAAAUGGCAGCAGGAGUAUGGCAAAUACGGUGAAAAGUGACAUGACAUCUUACAGGCGCUGUUACUCGACACGAUCUUUCUCCAUCAAUUUACCUCGCUGUUCCUGUACUUCUACGCCUAUACUUCGGGGGGGUUGCA